GAUCAAUAAGCCUUAGCCAGUCCAUACUAAAGUGCACGCUCAGAUUAAAACUGGGCCUUUGCAACGUGAAUAUCGACCUGGCUAUCAACAACGCAGGCCUGAUAACCGUAUACUGUGUUAUGCAGGUUUCACGUUAAAGAGAACUGGCCAUUGUGAAGGGGUUGACCCGUUACUGGACGCACCUGUUAACGGACUACGGGCGUUCCUUAGUCGACAACACUUCACCCGUAACUUGUGGAAUUCAAGAAUGGGGAAAAGUGAAACACUGACGGCAAGGUUAUACCAAGGGCGAAACCGGAGAUGAUCCUGCUAAUAUCCGGGCAUCUGUGAAUUGGAAAUACAGGGGAUACGGCAGGUACGCCAAUGGCAACACUGACAGUGUUCUUGUAAUCCAAGAGCAUUGCAUUGAGGACGGCAGUGGUAUAUGAGAAAGACGUUGGUUCAAAGCAAAACGUGUGCAAAAAUUAGGAUUGUUUUUUUUUUUUUUUGGAAAAUUUGGCUUUUGGAAACCAGAAGAAUUUUGACAGCGAAGGGGUCUUGUUGGUGCAUUUUAGUCCCAGGAUACCGGAAAACGUUGUCAGCCUACGCUAUACAUGGAUUUUUUGCAUUCGUGCAGUCAAUACAUAGAUUUCAAGAGAAACUCGUCUGAUUAUUGUGUUCAUGUCAUUUAUCGUAACCUUAUGAAGAAAAAUGACUUGGCUGGCUUUUUAUUGGCAUAUGAACAGAAGUUCUUAUUGAAACGUCAUUAUUAUAGAAGAAAAUAACGUAUCGAUCCAAAGGUAGAAUAUCCAUUGUAGGAAGAAAUCCUAAUUACAGUUCUUCUGACAGCGAGAAGAAAGACAGAGAAGUGCUUCGGACGGCUGAGGAAUUAUCAAGGAAGUCGAUCUUAGGUUAGUUAGAUAAGAGUGAUACGUUUUGAAUAACGUCUUAAUCGCAGUUUUCAACUCUCAAUGAAACACUGCUGACGCUCGAGCCAUUAACGCAUCUACGUUUCUGCUUGAGACGAAUUCUCUUGAAACAGAAGCUUUUAGCUAACGACCCUGUGACAGCGCUUUAUCUUCGAGCAGACCAUGAUGAAAUGUUUCUGCUGACGGCAAGUCUCCUGUGAUUAAGCUUCAUUGCUGGAAGCGUGACUGUCUUGGAAUAUUUACGCACGGAAGGUGUCAGAAUAAAUCGACCCUACAGAUUUCGCAUUGAUGGGAUUGGACUUGCAGUUCUGAAACAAGCAGAGGAGCCUAAAUUUUGAUUUCGCAAACAGAUAGUACCAUGGAGGUAUUGUGGAGGAAUAUGGUUACCCAGGUCAUUUGGUGGCGGUGGUUGGGUCUUCUUACUGUCCUGUUAUCACUGGGAGGCGCCAUGAUGGACCUCGUUAGGUUUGAAGACAAACCCUUCGACACCAGUAUCCUGGUACACGGCCGGACAGUCUCCUGCAACGGGAGCAUCCCCAAGGGAAGGUUCGCAGGGCCCACGUGGACUUGUGCCGAUAUCAAGGUUGAUGGAUUGCGGCUUUCCUACGGAUUUAUCUCUUAUGAGAGCGGCGUGGGCCAGUCCGAAAGACACUGUGACGCCAACACCGACAAUUUGACAAACGACUACGCCCAGUUGUGCAGGGAAAUGAUGGCGGUUCAGAAGGAUGUUGGCCGGGAACCGUUUUGGUCCGCUUUUAUCAGUGACGGCAGCUGCGGCGCCUUACCCGAGAAACGCAUGAGGUUCUUAAAGGACAGGGGCAGAGUCUGGCACGUGAUGGAUCCAGGGAGAGGUUACGUCAGGACGUUACAGUGCAUGUUAUAUCCUAACCCAAACGACGGGUUACACUGACGACGAACAGAUGACUCGGGAAAUUCCGGUCAAGAUCGGACAAAUUGUUCAACUCUCGCUGGUACGAGAGAUUGCGGGAUUUUUGCUUUAGUACCAAAGAAUGGAACUCAAAGUAGAGGCAGCGUGGCCUCUCGGAGCGGAGAGAGAAGUAGCUUGGCUUUUCUUUAUCUGAUAGUGUUAGGAGCGGCUGGCAUUCACACCACCUUAGUAUAAUCAAAUGCCACCUCCUUGUGACGUCACUUUCUACACUGGUGACGUCAUUCUCUGAACUGGACGGAUAGACCAACUUAAGUGUGAAAAUUUUAACUUAACUGAUUCCUUAACAUUUGGUUGAAUGACACGAAAGAUUGAACUUAGACAUAUUUGAAAAAAAGUUUUAUGCGUUUUCACCGAUCAGCACCGAAUCAGAAGAAGAGAAAAGCUGAAAAAAGUUGAAGUGAACGCUAAAACAAGGUGAUACGAAAAUGCCGUUCUGCCCAGAAGUGACGUUGGUGCAGUGGAUCGGGCAUAUUAAUGACGAUUCAAGUUGCGCUCUGGCUUAUCUGUUAUGAAUCUUAAAGUGCGCAAGAUACUGGGACGGACACGGUGCUCCGAAACGAUGUAUUAGUGGGCUGCCUUAGCUGAGGAGAGAUGUGAAACCGUUAAGGAUGCUCGCUGUCGGCUGGGUGUGAAUUCGGAGGGGUUUUUAUAAGGAACGAACAGUGGUGGAUUUAUUAGGAGGUACGAGAAUGUACAUGCUGUCUCCUAUGAUGAAGAGUUGACGUCGACAACAGAUUAUUAUAUAUCACUUCAAUAAUUGGUAGAACCGUGGAAGUUCGCCAAUAUUACACGAAUGUUUUGCCACGACUAGUUGCAUGAUGCUUGUUGACACAUUGUGUGCACGUGGCCAUGAAGAGGGAUAUCAUAGGAAAAACUGUGCUGUGAUGUUCGGAAAACAUUCAGUAGGCCCUAUUAGGUGUGUGAUAUUAUAACUAUUGGUUAUAUCCCGUGUAUCUGGCAAGUGAUCCAGAUCGUUAUCCUUUUUAUGCUUCUCGAAGAUCACGGGUAAUCUUAACGGAACUGUAAAGCAAACGGAAUGGUUAUUUUUACGACAUAAAGGUAACUUUACGCCAUUAUCGGAACAGUUGUGAUUCUGCAACGGUGAAAAGCGAAAAGGAAACAUAAACAGACGAAUUUCGCCAUUCAACAGUAUCGGGAGAAUGUAUGACCUAACAGCUGUAAGACGCGAAAAGGAAAUGAAAACGGAACAAUUUGACGGCAUCACAUUGUCUCAUCGACAAUAUUUGAUGGAGCUUUGAUCCUGAAACUGGAAGGGGGGGGGGGGACAGACCAAAGAUACACAAGCAAACCGACACGAUCCGACCUUCUACCAAAGACUUGUGAUAAUAAACUCAAAGAUGUAACUGCCUUUGAUCUGCCUCUUACAGGCGGUGAUAAAUCAUCGCAAGCGCCAUCUUCAAACAUCCAGCGCUGUCAUGUGGCGCUGUAGCCAAGACACGCCACUGCAUCUCAAGAUUUUUUUUUCAAAAAUUGUAUUCAGUUCUUACCUCAUAUAUGGACACUUUCAGUGGGGUAUUAUGGGCACUUUCAAAGGGUUAAUGGACACUUUCAAAUACUUAAGUUGGGUACUUUCAACUUUCAAAGGAUUUUUAAAAACAUCUCAGGGACCCGCAUUUGUUCCCAAAGCUGGUUCUCCGUUUAAGAUGAGCUGACUUCAAAAAUUACCACAAUCUGAGCAGCGCUUUUCUUCAAAAUGGAUCUUGCCUAGAUUAAUACUCCAAAUGUAUUUACAUCAAGCAAGUUUUCAAAAUUAGUGUCAUUUGUUAUGCUGAUGUUUUAGGUGACAAUGAAGUAGGUGUCACCUUUAAAAAAAAAGGCGUCACCAUAUCGCGUGUUUUUAAUGCUGUACAGUUCUUAUUGUGAAAGACCUGGACCUGUUUUUGCAGCAUGCUUUAUGCUCUGCAUCAAACUAAAGCUAAUACAAAUCUUAUUCCUAUUUUUUAUCAUUACGUCAUACCGUAUUAUCAUGUUUUUUUUUUUUUUUUUUUUUUUUUUUUUCAGUAGAGAAUUGUAGUCUCCCCCUACGCCAGUUUUCUUUACAAAAAUUUGUAGAACGUGAUAUAUAAAACGGACGCAUUAAGUUAAAGCAAAUUGCUUUGUUUGUAGGUAAGUGGUCAGAAACUAUGUAUCUAUUUAUCGCAGUGAGUGUGCGGAAGGAUCCCAAAUUUGGUAAUCAAUCAGAUUGAGCACUGAUUUAUUUUAGAAACAUUUACGCCGAGAUUUUUUUAUUUUUGUGGUUAAGUUGGUAAUAAUUCAGGCUUGUUUAAGUCGGAUGCGACAGGUGAGAAGAAUGUGACGCUUCACAGCUGAAACAAUCAUCCCAACAUUCCAUUACGAGACGUAGCGCCAUCUAUUGUAUAUCUGUAGGUAGAAAUGGCGCAACUAUUAGAAUGUUUGACAAGACAGCCAAUAUCUGACAACACGUCCCUUUGGACUCAAUAAAAUUUGCAUUAUAGGAUUUGUAGAAUCGUGAAGAGUAAUAUAAUUAAUUUUGGUAAGAGUGUACUUAGUCAUCAUGCCAGGAUUAAUUAUUGUGAUGACAUAUUUUUCCACUGUCAUCUCUGAUUAUAUUUACUGUUGGUGUCAUACGAACAUUUAAUUUGAUCUCUCUGUAAAUAAGACGAACGCACUACAUAGUGAGUGGUGUACAUAAUUGUACGAUUAUUUAGAGUUUUGUUAACAGCAUACUAAGCUAUUAUAUAAGCGUUAUUGUAAGUAGUAUAAUUGUUAAUAUGUUAAAAUGUUGGCGGCGUUGCAGCGAAUAAAAUUGUGUUAUAGUGUUGGUUCAAA